AACUUGUUUAGCUUAUACGUAAAUCCGGCAUUUUGGACCGCGGAGUACUUCUGCAAUAAAGUGUUAGAAUACUCCCUAAAUGAGAUUAUUUCCCUCUUAAAGACAGCAAAUACAGUUUUUAAGUUCCUUCUGACAGGGCAAGGUUAUUGGUGGUGUGUGUGUGUGUGUGUGUUUAGUUUAUAAAAAAUAUCCCUCUCCACCCUUUGAGAUCUCACAGCCAGUGUGGUCACUGCCAAGGGCUCUGGCACAGCGUGUUCUCCCUAACAGAGAGCACGUGUUGCGGUUGGGGAUACAAGCCGCCCUGUUGUUGCUGGGCAGAUUUGGAUAACCCAAGCCAUAAUUGGUUAAAUUGGGUUGCUGGGGAGUUUUGAUUGUGGCCAAUUCGGAGGAGGGGUUAGAGUCUUUAAAUACAGGACGCCCAACGCUGGGCGCUGGGCGUCCUCUUGGCUCACCCUCGAGACUCUGCGACUGACUUUCUCUUCUCCUCUGACUUUGCUGUUUUCUGCUCUCUUGCUAACAUGGAAGCAACAUGCCUAGUUGUCCUGCUCAGGUUAUGCGUUAUAUUAGCCUUCCCUGUUUACUUGCUGUGGUAUCUGGGUAUCUGGGAAUCCCUUUGCAAGAAGUUAUUCCCCUACUGCAUGUCUGUGGCGUCCAGCUGUUAUAACAAGUGCAUGUCUGACAAGAAAAGGGAAAUGUUCAGCAACCUGAAGGACUUUGCCAGUCCCACCGGGGCCCUCACACUGUUGGAGAUUGGUGCGGGAACUGGCUCCAACUUUCAGUUCUACCCCGCGGGAUGCAAAAUCAUAUGCACUGAUCCGAACCCCAACUUCCAGAAGUUUUACAACAAGAGCCUGGCUGAAAAUCCACAUGUGCAGGUGGAACGCUGUUUGGUGGCUCCGGCUGAGGACCUGCACCAGGUACCAGCUGCAUCGGUGGAUGUGGUGGUUUCAACGCUGGUGCUAUGCUCUGUGAAGAGCCCAGAGCAAGUUAUGAAAGAAGUCCUACGGGUGCUGAGACCGGGUGGCGCUUACUACUUCCUAGAACACGUUGCAGGUGCUCCUUCCAGCUGGACUCUUUUCUGGCAGCAGAUCUGUGAUCCAACUUGGAUAUGUCUGUUUGACGGGUGCCACUUGGCCAGAGAAAACUGGAACGUCCUGGAAAAAGCUGGCUUCUCAGAGCUGAAGCUACGGCACAUAGAUGCCCCUAUAAAAUGGCCCCCUAUUAGGCCGCAUAUCAUAGGUUAUGCUGUAAAGUAGAUUGGAAAUAAAUUUCUGAACAAGA